AGCGUAUAGUAUUUAAUACCAGUGUGAAUGUUUUGAAAGAGGUUCAAAAACAGGAGAAUUAAAUGUUAAAUGAAACUUUAGAGGUGAAUGUGAUAAAAGUGAGGCUUCAAUUCUUGAGUGUUUAGGGGGGAAAAUUAAGGUGCGGAAUGAAAAAGAAAUUAUACCAGUUGAUAAUGAGUGGAAAAGUUGUAAAUGAGAAUAAAAGGACACAAAAAUAUAUAAAAUACGCGUAGAAAACAGAAGUCAGUGAGCGAGAAUGAGAAGAUGAGGCAAAGUGUGUAAAAAGUGUUGACUGAAGAUUACUUGGAAGAUCUUUUACUGGGAAUUUAUUAAAAACCUUUCACACCGCAAACAUAGUGCAUAAAAAGCAUUACAAUUAAAUUGAGGAAGUUCAAAAUCACCACAAUAUUAAAUAUUGUUGUCCUCUUACCAGUGUUUGUGGAGACAUUGCAUGUUUUUAUACUUCACCAUGAGAAUGUAUCGAGAAAUGUGCAGUGAGAAGUAAACAACAAAAGUUGUGCAUAACAGAGAGACAUUCACGCCAAAUCAUGAACAACGUCCACAAGUUGAUGAUUCACGUGAAAUUAUUGGCAAUUUUUGCAGUCUUUUGCGCCACUGCCUCUGCCAGUGGAGCCUCCGGUGAGAGGAGAACUGAUCAGUUUGACUUCAGGUGCUUCCCACACACAGAUCAUGCAAAAUACCCUCGAUUUGCGUCAUCAAACAGAGACCCAAUUUCCCUCCAGGUCACAUCGAGAGUCACACAUCAGCUCUUGUCGCGCAUCUUUGCCAUCUUUCUGCGCGAAGUGCUCUACUAUGAUAAUGUCAAUCUCAUUGAUAUGCCCAAAUAUGACGAGGAGAAUGAGCAUCAUCGACUCUUCCUGAGUCUCAUGCCGCUGUCUUCGCGUGUGGUCUGGCCAGAGCCCACGGUUGAUGUGGAGGUUUGGAUGCUGCCUGAUUAUCACAUAAUUCCGGAUCAAGUGCGAGACGCCGGCGCUGUGACAAGUUCGGGACGCUUCGGUUGGUACAUACCAAAGAGAUUCAUCAGCAAUACCCAACCAAUUACCUUCAGAGACUUCCAGUCACACAAUCACACGCCGGAGAAAUACACUUUUCACAUGGAUAGUGACGAAUUGACGAAGAUCUUACCGCUGGCUGAGAAUUACUGUGACUUCAACACAACCAAAUGUUUUUACACUCCAUCCUAUUGUACGGAGAAAAAUUGCUCAGUAAUGUUGGCUCCCGAAUUUUAUGCAACUUCCUUCAUCAUUCACCACAUUGAAGAGUUCAACUUCAACGUGAGAGUUCUAUUUCUGGGGCACAAUUUCUCCGAAGCCGUCAACACACUCUUGGCCAGUGGAAAAUCCCGGUUCCUGAUCCUGCAUUGGACACCUUCUGAUGUAAUUGAUGGCGGUUCUGAAGAGUUUGCUGAUGUCGUCAUGCCAAAGUGUGAGGACAUGAAGAGCAGUUCUGUUACUGGAUGCAAAUAUGAAAUGACUCCUCUGCUCAAAUUCUAUGCACAGCAGCUUCAUUCUGCAGACUAUGCAAUUGUAGCUCUCAACAAGUUCUUCUUCUCCAGAGAUCAGCUUAAGAGUCUUCUCAGGGAUUUCAGUGAAGUAAAGCAAACAAUGGGAGGUGAUAUUUACAACCAUGUGGCUUGCAAUUGGCUUAAGAAUCACGAAGAAGUGUACAGAAAGUGGGUCCCUGUGCGAGAGUCUAAAGAGAACAUCUACAUUGGAGGCAUUUUCCCCAUAACUCAAGCCAAUUCCAUUCACAAGUGUCUUCCUGACGCCUCUCGCCGGGCAGCAGAUGAUGUUAAUGGCAUGAGGGAUAUUCUGCCAAAUCAUCGAUUAAUAGUCCAACGUCAGGAUGGACAGUGUCGCACAGAUGCUGUGAUGAAAGCCUUCAUUAACUACUAUAUGCGCUGGGAAAGAGUAAUUGGAAUCCUCGGGCCAGCUUGCAGUGAAACUGUGGAACCCAUUGCCGGGGUUUCCAAGCAUUUCCGCAUGGGAGUGAUCAGUUACUCCGCUGAGGGUGUCUCUUUCACUGACCGAACCACCUAUCCCUACUUCUUCCGCACAAUCGGGGAAAACCGCCAGUUCCAGGGGGUCUAUCUGAACCUCUUCCGUCACAUGAAAUGGCGUCGGGUGGCUGCAAUUACUGUCGAUGGGCAAAAGUACACAGGAUACAUUUCUCAGAUGGAAACCAUGCUUAAGGAGAAUCACAUCGAAUUGGCCUUCAAUAAGAAACUCUCGCAUUCUCCCAGUGCUUCUAGUGUUCAUCAAGUGCUGCAGGAUCUCAAGUCAUCCACUAGAAUCCUCAUAGCCGAUGUUGAUGAUACUGUGGCCGAGAUUCUACUCUGUGAAGCUUUUAAGCUCCACAUGACAGCCAAAAACGGAUAUGUUUGGUUUCUGCCGGUGUGGUUGGAGAAGCGAAGGCUCUCUAGUGACUUAGACUGCUCAGAAAGGGACUUAUUGGAGGCCUUCAAUGGCCACUUCUCUCUGUCUUACGUACCUUAUGGCAAGGAUGACCAGAGGAUUACCAGUCUCAACAGCACUGUCGGUCAAUGGAGGGCUAAUUUCCAGGACGUCUGCCCAUCGAACGCGCCUUACAGCUACGUGGGAUUCACUUAUGAUGCCGUUUGGGUUUACGCCAACGCUCUGGAUAAGCUCAUAAAAGAGAAUUCAACGUAUCUCAGCGAUUUGCAUUCGGAAGCCACCACUCAACGCUUCAUGGAGAUCAUUUGGAGCACAGACUUCAUGGGUGUUUCUGGCAGAGUCAAAUUCUCCGAUGGCGGCUCGCGAUUUCUGUCCAUCAACAUCAUCCAGUGGAUCAACAACUCGUCACGUGUUGUCGGGGUGUCGAAUCCCAAUGUUUCGGCGGUGGAAGCUGAGUUCUUCCUCAACGAAUCGGCAAUCACUUGGCUCUCGCCACUGGGGAGACCAACGGACGGUGUGGUCUUCUGCGGACUUCACUUCCUGGUCGAAGCACUGAAUUCCGACUGCGAAACCCUCAACAUAAUUGUCAUUUCUGUGGCAUGUCUCGUGAUUAUCAUUUUGGUCUUCCUGGCGUCCUUCAUCUUCUGGCGAAAGCAAUACAACAAGAAGAUGAAGCUCUCGGCGCGCUACAUGCGGAGCUUCGGGAUUGAUUUCAUGUCCACCGCCGGUGGACCGGAUCCUGGAAAUUCCCUGGACAAGUGGGAAGUGCCCAAAGAGCAGAUUAUUGUGAACAGAAAGCUGGGUGAAGGUGCUUUUGGCACUGUUUACGGCGGAGAGAUGCUGAUCUCAGAGAAUAACUGGAUUGCUGUGGCUGUAAAAACCCUGAAAAGCGGAAGCUCUGUCGAGGAUCGGCUGGACUUUCUGUCUGAGGCAGAGGCAAUGAAGAGGUUCGAUCAUGAGAAUGUGAUCAAAUUGCUGGGCGUGUGUCUUAAAUCCGAGCCAAUCUACACUAUUCUGGAGUUCAUGCUCUACGGAGAUCUCAAGACUUUCCUCCUGGCGAGGCGGCAUUUGGUGAAGAAUCGACAGAGUGACGAGUCUGAUGUCUCCUCCAGACGACUCACCAUGAUGGCAAUGGAUGUGGCCAGAGCUCUCUCCUACUUGGCUAGCCAGAAAUUUGUCCACAGAGACGUGGCGUGUCGGAAUUGUCUCGUCAACGCUCAGAGAGUCGUGAAGCUUGCGGAUUUUGGCAUGGCCAGACCAACAUUCGACAAUGAUUACUACAAAUUUAACCGCAAGGGACUCCUGCCCAUUCGUUGGAUGUCUCCAGAGUCCCUUGGUCUGGGACUCUUCACGCCAGCCUCGGACAUUUGGUCCUACGGGAUUCUCCUCUAUGAGAUCCUGACUUGCGGCUCUUUCCCCUAUCAAGGACUCAACAAUAUGCAAGUCCUGGAGCACGUGAAGGCUGGUAAAAUCCUCAAGAUUCCUCCAAGAGUGAAACCGCAGCUGCGACAUCUCAUGCACAAAUGCUGGGUGUUGGACUACAAGAAGCGUCCCAGUGCGCCAGAAAUUGUCGAGUACAUCUCUAAUCAUCCGCGCCUCAUUGUUCCCUGCCUGGACGUGCCCACAUCAUCCGUGGGCACCAUGGAGCCCCAAUCCUACAUUGGAAGCACUCCUGGCAAGAAAUCUGCCGACGUGAUAGCUUUCAAUGAUUUCGGAACGCUCAACAGGCGGUUCAAUAGACGAUUUCGCAGUGUCAGAGGUCGCCUGAAGGGCAACAAUCCAAUUGAACCACUCUUGUCCAUCCAAGAAGAGUCCCUCGAGUGCAUCCCCAAUGAAUGCAAUAUGCGACGAUAUGUCUCCAUGGACGAACUCACCAAAUCUCGAGGGAACAUCAUCUCAAGUGAUAUCUAAAUUGUAAACUCGAAUUGUACCUCUUUUACUGGCACUGUUCACUGCAGAAGUACAAUGUCACAAAAAAAUUAUUUCUAUUUAUAUUCUUGUUGAAUAAAUGACCUCUUUUAUUAUUAAAAUACAAUUAAUGAUUUCUUAUAUGGUUAGAAAAUUUCUGGUCGAAUUCUCGUGUGAGAUUACCUGCUUUAUUUACGUCCGUAUUGUAGCUUAAAGCACUAAGGCAGACCACGUGUGUUUUACCUUCUGGAGAAUAUUGGAAUUUCGGCGAAAAGUCUGGGACCCUAAUUGCUCUGUAUUUUUCCAGGUAAGGACAGAUCAGUCUGUUUCCACAGCCCUGGAAUAUACUGCAACACUUAUCGUUGUUUUCUUACUUCACUAAUUUAUUUCGCAGCAAUAAAGGGCAAGAGGAAUGAAAAAUGUAGCAAAUGCAGCUUAUUA